AUGGCUUCCUUUUCAUCCUUUCUACUGUUUCUUCUUGCUGCCCUUAUCCUCAUUCCUCAAGGCCUUGCCACUUAUUACAAACCCCCCAUUCAUAAGCACCCAAUUUACAAGCAUCCAAUUUUCAAGCCUCCAGUUUACAAGCAUCCUAUUUACAAGCCACCAUACAAGAAACCACCUUAUGGAAAGUACCCUCCUGUGGAGAACAACAACCAUGCCUGA